AUGACAGUGGCGGAGGCUGAGACCAAGGCCCUCCGGUCAGACCUGGAGCACACAAAUACAGCGGUUACAGGCCAAAAAGCAGACAUGGCCUACCUCAACACGUGGAUAGAUGACCUGGACAACCGCGGCCGCAGGCUGAACCUGCGAGUCCGCGGA